CGACUCGCUUUUACUACUGACAAUACUCACAAAUUUGACACAUCGGCAAAUCUGUUGAGGGUGAGAGCCGACUCCCCGUAAUUUAAGCUUGCCAUGGAAGUGGAAAUUGAAGAAUUAGCUAAAUUACUCUUCCCCGAUGAAAUACCAGAACUGUGGAAAGACAGUGAGGAAUUCUCCAAAUAUUUAGUCCAUUUAUCAUCAUGUGGAGUGGAAAGGCUGGGUAAAGAAGGUGCUCAUCUGCGAGAGGAGCGACUUGCUAUAUUAGAUCAAACUCGUGAUUUGGCUUAUAGCAAUUACAAGACAUUUAUUCACACUGCAGAAUGUUCAAGAACAAUAUUCAAAGAUUUCACAAGUGUAGAAACACAUUUGGAGGGAUUGUCCAGUUGCUUGCCAAAUCUUCGGGGGAGUGUAGAGCAGUUUUUGUCAACAUCUCGCAAUCUUUCACAAUCUAGACACCUGACCUCUCUUACUUUAACAAAGCACACCCAGUUGCUUGAAGUUCUUGAACUGCCUCAGUUGAUGGACACUUGUGUUAGAAAUGGAUACUAUGAUGAAGCUCUAGAAAUUUUAGCAUAUGUGCGAAGGUUGGAAAGGAAGCACACUGAUAUCCAUAUCAUUAAUGGCAUAGUGACAGAAGUUCAAUCUGGAACACGAUUGAUGUUAAAUCAGUUACUCGCUCAGUUACGUUCACCUUUGGCCCUUCCUCAGUGUCUUAAAGUUAUUGGCCUUUUGCGUAGAUUGGAUGUAUUUACAGAAUCAGAACUGAGACUGAAGUUUCUUCAAGCGCGAGACGCCUGGUUUACUGGCAUACUGAAAAAUAUUCCAAAGGAAGAUCCAUAUCAGCACAUCAUUAAGGUUGUGGAGGCAUCACGGGUUCACCUAUUUGACAUUGUGACACAGUAUAGGGCCAUAUUUUCAGAUGACGAUUCUCGGUUUGGUCUUGGUGACUAUGAAAUCAACGAACAAGCAAUAUUUUAUGGCUGGAUUUUACACAAGGUCAAUUAUUUCAUCCAGCUGGUGAAGAAGGACCUAGAGUGUGGACUUGGGUCAAAUCUAGAGAGUGUUUUGGCACAGUGUAUGUUUUUUGGUCAGUCUUUCAGCCGCAUAGGAGCUGAUUUCAGAAAUCUCUUGAUUCCCUUGUUCCAGAAAGCUGCUUUAGUUCAGUAUGAAAAAGAUGUUCGUGUGGCAAACAUCAGAUUUGAUGAGACUCUUAGUAGUUUUUCUCUGAUGGAAGCACCACACAUGAGUGUUUCAUCUACGUACAUACCUGAAACACAGGAUAAAACGCGACCGCCAUUAACUUUGAUGGAAUUUCCUCCAUUAGCUCACUAUAUGAAUGGUUUGGUUGCAGCUUUCAACACACUUCGACAAUGUUGCCCAGUCAGCAGCCUCUCUGAAGUUAUUCGAUUGCUAAACCAGUCUCUUACAAAGGUAAUAGGGGCAUUAUUAGAACUCCAUCGUCUAGAGAGUUCAGGUUUCACAGUAAAAGAAGCAGCAGCCUUUCAGCGUUUGUGUUCUGUAGUUGCAGAGGGUGUUCUCCCUCACAUUAAUUCAUGUUUGCGGCUAUUAUUCCCUCUUCAGCAGAUGUCACACAUUACUGGGGAAUCUGUUGCUAAACUUCAGAGAGAGAAUUUUGGGCAAUUAGAUAUUGAGAAUCUACUCUCACCAAUUGCAUCUUUACUUCCAAAAAAAGAUAUCUUACCCAGAAGUGAGGAACUACAGCAAGAUCUAGCUGAGGAAGAUGUCGCUGUCAGUGACACAAACAUUAAAGAGCACAUCGAACCACCAGAAAAGCUAGAUGGUCAACCUCUUGAUACUUCCAGAACUUUGGAGGGGUCGGUUCAGAUUAUUCCAUCUCAGGUCAUUCUCACAGAAAACAAUGCACUGCCAAAAAAUGAGAAUUUGUCUACACAUGCAGCAGAACCAGUAGAUGCACAAAUCUCAUUACCCCAGGAUGACCAGGUAAUUUGUAGUGAAGAGAUUAUUGAUUUGAAAAACAAUACUGAAAAUGUCUUGGUAGAAGAGUCACCUGAUGAGAUCGUACAAAAUAUGGAGCAUUUUCAAAUAGAUCAAGAUGAUUUGUUAUCUACACCACAGCCCCAAUUAACAUUAAUUCCAGAUCAAGCCGAAAAACUCCCAUUAGAAGAGGAAAAGGGAUAGAUUUUUUAUAGGUAUUACUUUGUUAAACUUGAACUAUAAAAGUGGUGAAAUAUUUUUACCCUUUUGUUUAUUAAAUUUGAUUUAAGCUUCUCUCAUUCAUAAAUAUAAAAGUGUUGAAAUAUUUUUUUUCUCUUUUAUUGAUUUAGAAAUUUAAUUUAAGCUUCUCUCAUUCAUAAAAUUUAGAAACUGUUUGUAAAAUUUUAAAUUCUUGAUUUGAGCAGAUUCUGUGAAUUAAGUAAUGUACAGUAGUACAUGAACUACAUUUUUCUAAAGCUUUUAGGAUACAUAGAUAUUGUUCUGUAUUUGGGGAUAUUAUAGAAAUGGAAUGUGAAGUUUUAGUGCCUUUUAAAAUGAUUUUUUUUUUAUAGAAUAUGCUUACAUAAGAAUGAACUAUCCAGUCUAUG